CGGACGUCAUCGUCAUCAGUAUGCUAUAUCGACGUUGUAUAUAUCGGAUCGUGUAGAAUGGCUUGUUGAAAAUAAAAAAUUUAUUACGCUAUUGUACAAAUAUAUUUUCAAAUAUGGUAAAAAUCGGUAUUGCGUAUAGUAUUGUGCUAUUUGUUUGCUCCUUUAUUGAGAUUAAUAAUGGUCUUGCGAUAAAAUCCGAGGGAAAGUUAGUGGAGGAUUUUAUCACUCCACACUACACGCAUUAUGAAGAACUUAAACAGUUAUAUGAUUCGCUGGUCGACAAAUAUCCUAAUUUGGCAAAGGUGUUCUCGAUUGGAAAGUCUGUAGAAGGCAGAGAUUUGUUGGUUCUUGAAAUUUCGGAAAAUGUCAAAGAACGAAAACUGGGUGAACCAAUGGUUAAAUAUGUUGCAAAUAUGCAUGGUGAUGAAGCUGUUGGCAGAGAAUUGUUGGUUUAUUUAAGCCAGUAUCUUUUAUACAAUUAUGGAAAAGAUAAAAGAAUUACAAAUCUAGUGAAUAAUACCGAUAUCUUCCUUAUGCCGUCUAUGAAUCCUGAUGGUUUUGAAAAAUCAGAAGAAGGAAAAUGCGAGUCGAAGAAAGAUUUCUCGGGACGAGAAAAUGCAAAUCAUAUAGAUUUAAAUAGAGAUUUUCCAGAUCAAUUUGAUAGACGAACCAGUCAACUGCAGAAAGGCAGUAACAUACUAGAUGGACGCCAAAAUGAAACAAUAGCUAUGAUGACAUGGAUCGCUACAGAACCAUUUGUAUUAUCGGGAAAUCUUCACGGAGGUGCUGUUGUAGCCAGUUAUCCAUAUGAUUCUGGAAUUUCAAAAAGUUGCUGCCUCGAAAGUAAAAGUCCAGAUAACGAGCUGUUCAAAUAUUUAGCUCAUACGUAUGCAGAUAAUCAUCCACAAAUGCGUGCAGGCAAUACAUGUCCUUUAGAUACUUUUGAAGGAGGUGUUACAAACGGAGCAUUUUGGUACGAAGUUAUUGGUGGAAUGCAAGAUUUUAAUUAUGUUCGCUCUAAUGCAUUUGAAAUAACAUUUGAACUUAGCUGUUGCAAAUAUCCAAAUGCUUCGACGAUGCCAGAGUAUUGGAUGUUAAAUAAGGAAUCUCUAAUAAAAUAUCUUGAGCAAGCACAUAUCGGUGUGAAAGGACUUGUAAGAGACACGUACGGUCAACCAAUAGAAGCAGCAACUAUUGUUGUGGAUGGAAUAGAUCAUAAUAUUUCAACUACUCAUCGCGGGGAAUAUUGGCGUUUGUUGCUCCCUGGAAAAUAUUUCAUUCGUGCAGAAGCAUGGGGAUAUCAACCGAGCGAACCAAUAAAUGUUGCCGUAGAACCAGGGCAACCCACCAUUGUCAAUUUUACUUUAAAACAAGACGCCUUUGAUGACCAAGGACAAUUUCAUUCGGAUAAAGUUGAAGAAAUUGUAAGGCCCGAAGAUGAAUACGGAUUUUUUCACAAUAUGAAAUUCAAACAUCAUAAUUAUGUAGCUAUGGAAAAAUAUCUGAAGGAAUUAAAUUCAAAUUAUCCAAAUAUUACGAGACUCUAUAGUAUAGGACAGUCUGUUAAGGGGCGUCAAAUGUACGUAAUGGAAAUAACAGAAAAUCCUGGAAAACAUAGUGCGAAUAAACCAGAAGUAAAGUAUAUAGGAAAUAUGCAUGGAAAUGAAGUAGUUGGCAAAGAAAUCUUAUUAUUGUUGUUAAAAUAUCUCUGUGAAAACUAUGGAAUCAACAAUAGAGUUACAAGUAUACUUAAGAAUGUUAGAUUGCAUGUACUGCCAAGUAUGAAUCCCGAUGGCUAUGAAAUUUCUAAAGAAGGAGAUAUAUAUGGAGCAUGGGGGAGAAGUAAUGCCAAGGGUGUUGAUCUGAACAGAAAUUUUCCCGAUCAAUAUGAAACAAAUGAUUACAAUAAACGGCAAGAACCCGAAACAAAAGCAAUAAUGGAUUGGAUUGCAAGAAUUCCAUUUGUGCUGUCUGCUAAUUUUCAUGGAGGAACAUUAGUAGCAAAUUAUCCAUACGAUAAUGGACCGCAGUAUACACCUAAUGGUCCAAAUCUAAGUCCGGACGAUCAAGUUUUUAAAGCACUAGCAUCAGCAUACUCGAAUGCUCAUCCUCGUAUGCAUCUGGGAGAGCCAUGCCCUCCGCUUCCAAACGAACGAUUAAAUAUGCAAAAUGUGCUCGAAGAACGCUUUCAAAAUGGCAUAACUAAUGGAGCUGCUUGGUAUUCUGUGAGCGGAGGCAUGCAAGAUUAUAAUUACGUUCAUAGUAACGAUUUUGAAAUUACAGUGGAAGUAGGGUGUACAAAAUUUCCAAAUACAACUGAAUUACCAAAAUACUGGUUACAAAAUAGAGAACCACUCCUGCAUCUUAUCGAAAUGUCUCGCAAAGGAAUACACGGCGUAGUACGUUCGUCUAUCAGUACUCCCGUACCCCGGGCUAAAAUAUCUGUGGAGGGAAUUGAGCAUGAUAUUUAUGCAGCUCAAGGUGGAGAUUAUUGGCGCCUUUUGGUUCCUGGAAAAUAUAACGUUACAGUUAGCGCUGUAGGAUAUGAAUCACAGAUGCAAAGUGUAGUUGUACCAGACGGUAAUAAUAUUGGCGAAGGAGAAAUAACGUUGGAUUUCAUACUAAUGCGAGACGAUCCUCAACACUGGUCAUCCGCAUAUGAUUUUCACUUAAUAGCAAAUUUACAAAACGUUUACUUAAAAAAUGCAGAGUUAAAUGCUAGAUUUAGUCAAUUAGAAAAUCAUCAACCAAACGUUGCAGAAUUUCAAGCUGGGGAGUCAUUAGCCAGUAUGGCCAUUCAUUCUUUAAAGAUUACACAUGACAUGGGAGCACCAGAAGAAACUAAAUUUCAUAUUGGUUUAAUCGGAGGACUAUUUGCUUCACAACCUGUGGGUAGAGAAAUUCUACUACGAUUAGCAACCCACAUUCUUAUGGGAAAUCAAAUUGGAGAUCCUCCUAUACAGAGGAUAUUGAAUAAUACUGUUUUGCAUUUUGUUCCUGGUGUAGAUCCAGGUUUUGAUAAUAUAUCAGAUAAUCAAAACUGUAAUCCUAUCGUGAGAGGUGAAGUGGGUGAAAAACUAUUACAAAAAAACAGUAUUAGCUCUGAUAAAAUAAAUGUAAUUGCUAAAGCAUUCAAAGAAAUGUUAGCCAAUGAAGGGUACGAUGUAAUUAUCAUGUUUGGAAGUGGAGCACCUAAAGUUAGUUAUACAGACAAUAAUUUGAAUGUAUAUAAACGUCUUGCUGAAAAUUAUGAACGUUCAAUGCAUAGAGGGACGUGUAAUUUUCUUAAUAAUGAAGUUAAGGAAGUAGAAAAUUAUAUUCAAAAUGAAUAUAACAUACCUGUAAUAAACAUCAACUUAUCUUGCUGUAAAUAUCCAUCCGGAGAAUUGAUUCCAAUUAUUUGGCGUGAAAAUUUGUUACCGCUGAUGCAACUUAUUCACGGCUUAACAACUGGUGUUCGCGCAGUAGUAACAAAUACCGAUAACAUGCCUUUAAGAGAGGCUGUAAUUAAGAUCGGAAUGAAAAGUUAUCAUGUCUCGAAGAAUAUGGCUUAUUUAAAAAUUAUUCUUCUUCCUGGCGAUUAUACGCUAACAUUGUCCUCCGAAGGUUACAUGGAACAAUCUAUAAAAGUUCACGUGAAAGACGAAAUCAUAACAGACCUGAAUAUUACAAUGAUCAAAGGUCAUAUAGAUAAAGCAGAACAUCAAGAGUAUAGUGUAGAUCGUGAACUAAACGUUGUGAACCAAAUUUUAACUGAUCUGAAUGAUAAAUAUUCACAAUUAUCCAUUUUACAUACUAUUGGCAAAUCACGAAAGGGUACUCGAAUAAUGUGUUUAGAGAUUGGAGCUGAAAAUAAUAAUAAACAAAUAGGUCGACCAUCUAUUGUUUUUGUGGCUGGUGUAACUAAUGGUGUACCUGUAACUGCUAAAGUCUUACUACAUUUUGCCACAUUUUUGUUAGAUCAUUAUAGAAAAGAUACUAGGAUUACCAAUUACUUAGAUAAAUUUACAAUAUACAUUGCUCCAGAUUUAACUAACAAUUUCAAUGGUAAUCAAUCUUGUUCUUCAUUUAUUGUAGAUGAUUUACAAUUCCCCGUUAACUCUUCAUUAACUAGUGAAGCAAGUAUGAUAAUUAAUUGGUUUAAAAAAAUGAACGCAAUGUUAGCAAUAAAUUUGAAUAUUGGUUCGCAACAUAUUGAAAUUCCUUUUGCGGGAAAAUAUGGGAAAACACCCGAACAAGUAUACGAAACUGACGAAGAUGAUAUAUUGCAAGACUUGGCAUCGGUAUAUAUGAAAAACAAUAUCCAUAUGACCUCUUUAAAUUCAUAUUGCAAUCAUGAUUUAGAUAUAAAUAGAAAUGGAAUUGUUCAUGCUGGAAAGGGUAUUAGCGGGAGCAGAGAACAUUCCUUAAUGGAUUAUCUUUAUUUAAAUACAAGUACUUUAAUGGUAGAUGCAUAUGUUAGUUGUUGUAACACAGAUGAUUCAAGAAUUGUAUGGGAAAAUAACAAAGCUGGUUUAUUAGCUAUGGUAGAGAAGCUUAAUGAUGGAAUAAAAGGAUAUGUUCUUAAUAAAAAUAACGAACCAGUAGAAAAUGCUAUAUUAUCAUGCAACAAAUCAAUGCACCGUGUUAAUAGUGGAACAAACGGAGCUUAUUGGCUUUUACUUCAACCUGGUACUCAUGUUAUAAGUGUCAAAGCUCCUGGAUAUAUUCAGCAGACGAAAGUUUUGGCCACAACGGAUGUGCAUAAUAUUUCAAAUUUAAUAUUUAAAUUACGAUUUAACGACAAGUUCCUGGGAAUGCCUAGAAUUGUUUUUAUUAUACUAAUAAGUACUGUAUGUUUAGGAAUUAUUGCAUGUGGCGUAUUUAUUUGUGCCAAUUGUCAGUCUUUUGAACAACCGAAAACAAAUAAUUGGAGAGGAUAUGCAUUUAGUUUACUUAAAGACGGUACAAGUUUCUUCGACGACGACGAAAAAGAAAUUGAAAUAUUUAGAAGACCAUUAAAAGGACAUGUGCCUGAAGAUGAAAUUACAAAGCCAUACUUUGAUGACGAUAAUAUGUCAAGUUCUGAUGAUGCUAGUGAUUUAGAAUUUAUCAAACCGAGUCAAGAUUGGAAAGAUAAAAUAUUAUCCGAAAUUAGAUAGUGCUCUUAAUAAAUUACAAAGCUUUUCAUUCAGGUUAAAUUAUAGAAAAAGUAUAGCAGUUUAAGAAAUUAGUUGCAUUCAGUUAUUGCAUUUAUCUGUUACAUGAUAAUUAUCCAGUGACAACAAAUCUGUUAAUCGAAGUUAUUUAUUAAUUAGAUCAGGAUAAAAGGAACGAACAAAAAAUAGAGAAAUACUUUUACAAAAAAUACAAAAGAUAGGUAUGUCUUAAAAAUGUAAUUAGUAUUUUUAUAUACGAAACAGAACAAAUAUUUCACAAGCGAAAAUGCAAUAUACAUUCCAGAAUUUUUUA